AUGGAAAACAUGUCCGAGGAAACCCACGGCGAAAUGACGGAUCCACAGCACGUCCACCUAAGGUAAGGAGAAAAAAAACGGUUCAAGGGGUCCCUGUGUGAAGGUGUUUCUAUAAAACCGCGCCUCAACCUUUUUCUUUCUGCUCCUUUUCAUUCACAUGAAAAUUUUUCCUUGUUUGUAUUGAAUGUGUCAUAUACUAACAGACUGAAAUAAAGUAUGUACACAGCGCCCUGACUUUAUUGAAAUGAAGUCAUGUGUUUGGAGGUUAAGGCUCUGUUUGUGUAGAUACCAACAGUUUGGGUCGGGUCAGAACUGCUGACAUUCAUACAGCUCAUUCAGACGACUCAGAGAAUGAGAGUAUUUGGAAUUUUCCAAUAUUUAUCAUGUCUCAGAUUUGUGCACAUCAGUUUGUGAAUGACAGAUAUUGUAUAGAAAGACUUAGCUUUCAGACCCUUUACAACAAGAUCUUCAGUGCUUCUCAUCUUUUUCUUUUAGCUUCCCAUCUGAAAGCUCUGUGGAGGAAAUGGCUCAAGACAGACCAGAUCAAGAUGAGACAGAGAAAACGGAGAUUGAUAACAGCAUCAUACAGAGACUUCAAGACAGACCAGAUCAAGAUGAGACAGAGAAAACGGAGAUUGAUAACCGCAUCAUACAGAGACUUCAAUCUGGCUGGAUAGGCACUCUUCAUGUCGUUUUCCUGGUGCUGCUUUUAGUCCUAAUCACUGUCAUUGUUGGCCUGAGCAUCAAUGUUAAGCAGUUACAGAAAGAAAGGAGUCAGCUGAGACAGCUUCUAGAAUCAACACACAUGGGACUGAACCACACCAUGGAAGUAAAUCAAAAAGUGAGCCAGAGUCUGAACUUCACCGUGGAAGAAAAUCAAAAACUGAGGCUGAGUCUGAACUACACCAUGGAGGAGAAUCUGAACCUGAGCCUGAGUCUGAACAACACCAUGGAAGAAAAUCAGAAAUUGAGCAGAAGACUAAACUACACCAUGGAAGAAAAUCAGAAAUUGAGCCUGAGUCUGAACUACACCAUGGAAGAGAAUCUGAACCUGAGCCUGAGUCUGAACAACACCAUGGAAGAAAAUCAGAAAUUGAGCAGAAGACUAAACUACACCAUGGAAGAUAAUCAGAAAUUGAGCAGAAGACUAAACUACACCAUGGAAGAUAAUCAGAAAUUGAGCCUGAGUCUGAACUACACCAUGGAAGAUAAUCUGAAACUGAGCCGAAGACUCAACCACACCAAGGAAGAAAAUCAAAAACUGAGCCUGAUUCUGAGCUACUCCAUGGAAGAAAAUCAGAGACUGAGCCGAAGACUAAACCACACCAUGGAAGUAAAUCAAAAAGUGAGCCAGAGUCUGAACUUCACCGUGGAAGAAAAUCAAAAACUGAGGCUGAGUCUGAACAACACCAUGGAGGAGAAUCUGAACCUGAGCCUGAGUCUGAACAACACCAUGGAAGAAAAUCAGAAAUUGAGCAGAAGACUAAACUACACCAUGGAAGAUAAUCAGAAAUUGAGCCUGAGUCUGAACUACACCAUGGAAGAUAAUCUGAAACUGAGCCGAAGACUCAACCACACCAAGGAAGAAAAUCAAAAACUGAGCCUGAGUCUGAGCUACUCUAUGGAAGAAAAUCAGAGACUGAGCCGAAGACUAAACCACACCAUGGAAGUAAAUCAAAAAGUGAGCCAGAGUCUGAACUUCACCGUGGAAGAAAAUCAAAAACUGAGGCUGAGUCUGAACUACACCAUGGAGGAGAAUCUGAACCUGAGCCUGAGUCUGAACAACACCAUGGAAGAAAAUCAGAAAUUGAGCAGAAGACUAAACUACACCAUGGAAGAUAAUCAGAAAUUGAGCCUGAGUCUGAACUACACCAUGGAAGAGAAUCUGAACCUAAGCCUGGGUCUGAACAACACCAUGGAAGAAAAUCAAAAACUGAGGCUGAGUCUGAACUACACCAUGGAAGAGAAUCUGAACCUGAGCCUGAGUCUGAACAACACCAUGGAAGAAAAUCAAAAACUGAGGCUGAGUCUGAACUACACCAUGGAAGAGAAUCUGAACCUGAGCCUGAGUCUGAACAACACAAUGGAAGAAAAUCAGAAAUUGAGCAGAAGACUAAACUACACCAUGGAAGAUAAUCAGAAAUUGAGCCUGAGUCUGAACUACACCAUGGAAGAUAAUCUGAAACUGAGCCGAAGACUCAACCACACCAAGGAAGAAAAUCAAAAACUGAGCCUGAGUCUGAGCUACUCCAUGGAAGAAAAUCAGAGACUGAGCCGAAGACUAAACCACACCAUGGAAGUAAAUCAAAAAGUGAGCCAGAGUCUGAACUUCACCGUGGAAGAAAAUCAAAAACUGAGGCUGAGUCUGAACUACACCAUGGAGGAGAAUCUGAACCUGAGCCUGAGUCUGAACAACACCAUGGAAGAAAAUCAGAAAUUGAGCAGAAGACUAAACUACACCAUGGAAGAGAAUCUGAAUCUGAGCCAAAGAUUAAACCACACCAAGGAAGAAAAUCAAAAACUGAAGCUGAGUCUGAACUACACCAUGGAGGAGAAUCUGAACCUGAGCCUGAGUCUGAACAGCACCAAGGAAGAAAAUCAAAAACUGAGCCUGAGUCUGAGCUACUCCAUGGAAGAAAAUCAGAGACUGAGCCGAAGACUAAACCACACCAUGGAAGUAAAUCAAAAAGUGAGCCAGAGUCUGAACUUCACCGUGGAAGAAAAUCAAAAACUGAGGCUGAGUCUGAACUACACCAUGGAGGAGAAUCUGAACCUGAACCUGAGUCUGAACAACACCAUGGAAGAAAAUCAGAAAUUGAGCAGAAGACUAAACUACACCAUGGAAGAAAAUCAGAAAUUGAGCCUGAGUCUGAACUACACCAUGGAAGAGAAUCUGAACCUGAGCCUGAGUCUGAACAACACCAUGGAAGAAAAUCAGAAAUUGAGCAGAAGACUAAACUACACCAUGGAAGAUAAUCAGAAAUUGAGCCUGAGUCUGAACUACACCAUGGAAGAUAAUCUGAAACUGAGCCGAAGACUCAACCACACCAAGGAAGAAAAUCAAAAACUGAGCCUGAGUCUGAGCUACUCUAUGGAAGAAAAUCAGAGACUGAGCCGAAGACUAAACCACACCAUGGAAGUAAAUCAAAAAGUGAGCCAGAGUCUGAACUUCACCGUGGAAGAAAAUCAAAAACUGAGGCUGAGUCUGAACUACACCAUGGAGGAGAAUCUGAACCUGAGCCUGAGUCUGAACAACACCAUGGAAGAAAAUCAGAAAUUGAGCAGAAGACUAAACUACACCAUGGAAGAAAAUCAGAAAUUGAGCCUGAGUCUGAACUACACCAUGGAAGAGAAUCUGAACCUGAGCCUGAGUCUGAACAACACCAUGGAAGAAAAUCAAAAACUCAGGCUGUGUCUGAACUACACCAUGGAAGAAAAUCAGAAAUUGAGCAGAAGACUAAACUACACCAUGGAAGAUAAUCAGAAAUUGAGCCUGAGUCUGAACUACACCAUGGAAGAUAAUCUGAAACUGAGCCGGAGACUCAACCACACCAAGGAAGAAAAUCAAAAACUGAGACUGAGUCUGAGCUACUCCAUGGAAGAAAAUCAGAGACUGAGCCGAAGACUAAACCACACCAUGGAAGUAAAUCAAAAAGUGAGCCAGAGUCUGAACUUCACCGUGGAAGAAAAUCAAAAACUGAGGCUGAGUCUGAACUACACCAUGGAGGAGAAUCUGAACCUGAGCCUGAGUCUGAACAACACCAUGGAAGAAAAUCAGAAAUUGAGCAGAAGACUAAACUACACCAUGGAAGAGAAUCUGAAUCUGAGCCAAAGAUUAAACCACACCAAGGAAGAAAAUCAAAAACUGAGGCUGAGUCUGAACUACACCAUGGAGGAGAAUCUGAACCUGAGCCUGAGUCUGAACAACACCAUGGAAGAAAAUCAGAAAUUGAGCAGAAGACUAAACUACACCAUGGAAGAGAAUCUGAAUCUGAGCCAAAGAUUUAACCACACCAAGGAAGAAAAUCAAAAACUGAGCCUGAGUCUGAACAGCACCAAGGAAGAAAAUCAAAAACUGAGCCUGAGUCUGAGCUACUCCAUGGAAGAAAAUCAGAGACUGAGCCGAAGACUAAACCACACCAUGGCAGAAAAGUCACAGCUUCAAGUGCAGAUUGAGGAGAUGAAAAUCAUAUUGAAUUCUACUAUGGAAAACCGUGACUCUUUCAGAAAAGACAAAAUCAAAUAUCAACAGCUUUUGAUCAAUGAAAGGCAGACCUCAACUCAACUAAAAGCUGAAAAUCAACGUCAACAAUCAAUUCUGAUGUCGGAGAAACUAUCUUUCCUCUGGAGAUUCUGUGAUAAAGGCACCCUGCAAUGUUCACGCUGCCUUCCUGGUUGGGCCGAGCACGCCACACGCUGCUUCCAUUUGGCAUCACAACCAAUGAAGUGGGAAGAUGCUCGUAGGGAGUGUUUUAAUGAAGGUGCUGACCUGGCUGUUGUCUUGAAUGCUGCAGACCAGGCAUUUCUGACCAACAUGACUUUCCAGUUUACACAGCAGCAUCCAAAUGUACUGUUCCAUUCAGCAUGGAUCGGGUUGCAGGACAUGGUGCAGGAUAACAGAUUUGUGUGGGUAAAUGGUAUCAAGUCCAAGUCAGAUUUGAAGUUCUGGAUGCCUGGAGAGCCAAACAAUGCUGCGGCUCAAUGGGACAAAGACCGUGCAGGACAGGACUGUGUUGCCAUUGUCCCUCCAAAGACUGUUGGACAGAAAGGCUGGCUGAACUCCUGGGAUGAUAUUGUCUGUCGAGGCCAGCGGCACUACAUUUGUGAAACCAAAGCUCUUAUUUUGUCUGGAGUGAAAACUGAGGAAUGA